UGGGGCCCGGGCCAGCAAGGCGACGCACGGCGGCACUCACAGGCUCCCUCCCUCACAUAGUGCCACCGACCUGCCGCUACGCUCAUAGUCCUCUCCCUCGUGUUCUCUCUCGGUGUUCUAGUGUUCUCGUCGGGGGAGGUGAAAAACAAUUGUUAAGGAGCCCAGUGAAAAGUUUGUUCAGUAAGGAUCAUGUCUCCUAGUUUACGUGUGGGAAUAAGCUGAACCAAUCGGAAAUAAAACGUAUACAAAAGAAAGGAAUUGAUUGGUGGAGCUGGAAAUAACUUUAACCAAUAAUCAGUGGAGGAAUAAAUAACUUUAACUAAUCAGAAACAAGAAAAUGUCAGCGGGAGGAAAUAUUCAGUGACAGAAAAAAAUAAUCAAUAAUACAAUCAGUGAAGGCCAGAAAUAGCCUUCACCAAUCAGAAACAAGAACAUGCAACCGUAAGGAAAUAAUUGGUGGAGCGAGAAAUAACCUUUUACCAAUAAUUAACCGGUGAGGCGAGGGGAAGGAAGACCAACAAUCAGCGAAGCAAGAUAAUUAUAUAAAACUUCAGAAACAAGAAGAUGCCAGCGCGAGGAUAUAAUUGGUGGAAGGGAGGCGAGCGGCGAGUGAUAAUGUAAACAAACCAACACCCCUGGACACGACGCACGGCUCCUGGGCACAGAAAUAGCGACCCUAAUGACGUCUGGCCUUGAACGGAGGAUAAUUUGUGUGGUGUUGGUGGUUUAAUGUUGGGAGAUCCUACCACUCAUCUGUGUCGAGCUGCCCCCAGUAAGGACAUACCGCAGGCACGCAAGCCUGUGGAACAAGACCAAGAAGGGAAAGAAGAAGAAGAGAAAGAAGAUGAAGGAUGUCUAAAGGGCAUACCUGAAGAAGAAGACGAAGAAGGAGGAGGAGGAGAAGGUAGUGGAGGUGGAGGAGGAGGAAGUACAGAGAAGGUAGGAGGAGGACGCAGCACCGUCAGCAGCAGCAGCAGUAAUAUCUGGGGUGUGGGGUGGAGGAGCGAGGCUGACCUUCCCGCCUCCGUCGCCGCCUGCUUCGAGGACGCUUCUCUACUGGCCAAGCUCCAGAACCGUCUGCUCUCCCUGGUGGGCCGCGCCAGCAGGUAUCGUCUUCAGCGAGGCCUCAGUACCCCAAUCAUGCCCUUGGAGGCUCUCCGACGGAAGGUGAAGGAGGCACGACUCCGCCUCCUACCCCACACCCACCACCCCCCGCCACCUCCCUCCUCAUCCUCCCAUAGCCCCAGCAAGCAAGGGAAAGACCCCACAGUGACCCCAGGCUCCCCAAUCUCGAGAUUAUCCUCCCCCAGCGUGAUCAGGGGUGAGGAGUCCCCCGGCAGGAAACAGCAGCACGUUGGGACGCGGUCGACGGGGUGUUCCUCCCUACAGCAGUACUGGACAGGCGAGGGCGGCAUCGGCGGAGAGGAGGAGAUUGAACUUCUCCAGCAGUACCUCAACCUGCAGCAGCUGGCUGUGUCCAGGAAGCACUCGACACAGCUCCGACGUAUCCGUGACUCUCUUCUAGCCCGCGUCAGGAGUCGGCCGUCGUCCAUGGUGAAGACCCGUAGCUCCCCGCCCCCUACCUCCGCUUCCACACCCACCAAGGACCGCCAGGCCCUCCGCAACUUUCUCCUUGAUAUUGGCUUCGUUCAGUAUUACUCUCUCCUUAACAGACAUGGGUAUGACCUAGCGACGGCGGCCCACAUGGACGCCCUUGACCUAGCCGGGGUGGGCAUCACGGAGCCUUUACACAGGAUGGCUAUCAAGUUCGAGUUUGACCUUGUAAAGAGACCACCUCCAAUUCCCGAUGACGUACCGGAGACGAUCCAGGUGUGGCUGGAGUCCUUGGGUCUGCCGGACUACGUCGAGAAUUUCCACCAGAACGGCAUCUACUGUCCUCUGGCAGCGUUGGGGCUGACCAAGCGGGACCUACAGCUGAUGGGGGUGUACAUGUUGGGUCACCGCAAGAAGAUCCUCCUCGCUAUAAUAGGCCUCAAAGAAGCCUUGUUUAGGAAAGAAUAAUUAAAUAAAUUAGAAGAGCUUUAAGUACAGCAGUAACAAUGAAUAAGCUGUAUACUAAUGAUUCUUCUAGAAAUAUAUUUAAUGUGAAGCUAGCUAUCGUAGGAACAAAAAAUAUAUAUAAAUAUAACGGGUGUAAAUAACACUUGAUACCACGAUAUUUCUAUAUGUUCAAAACAGCUGUUCUGUACUGUCUCGGUAUAAAUGGUCUGGUUCCAUUAUAACUUUAAGGUCUAACCAUCAAACGAAAACCAGGAACCAGAUUAUUCUAUAAUUUAUAUUCACUGAGAGAAGUCAUAAAGGUGACCAGUUGAUUUCUGUCAUGUCAGAUAACAAAUGAUCACUUACAUGAGGUUAUGGAGACAAAAACAAUUGAUGCUAACCAGUUAUAGUGAAGUAUUAAGCCUUUUUUAUUGCUCAAAUAGUGCUGCAUAAGGCGCUGUACACAGGAAGCUGGUCAAGGAAUAUCUAAUGUGUUGGCAGUUGUUAAUAAUGAGGGCGAACACAGAAAUAUUCAAGCGACGUCUCCAAGCUCAGUCAAAAACAUACAUCAAAGCAACAUAAAUCCGAGCAGUAAAUACCACUAUAAAAUUGCCUCAUUUACAAAGUGCUAUGUGAAGAGAAACAGCUUUAAUAACUGGUAAGUAACAAGGUUUGGUUUUACUGACGAAGGGAGAUGUAAAAUGGCCAGAAAUUCUACAAUAUGUUAACUUGCUAAAGACAUUAUCAACCCGCCCAGCUGCUAUCCUAAUAACUGGUAGGAUUUUUGUGACGUCACUUUCCAUGUGAGUUUAGAAUGUUACAUUUCUUGUAUUGUAAACGUUGCCUGUUAGUGUUACUGUGAACUGCCUGUGUCAUUCCAGGUUAUAUACAGUAUCUAUAAAUCUUCCCGAGACAAAAGAAUAUGACUAUUGAGUAGCUUAAUUUAGUGUACAGUAUAGCUAAAUGUUUCUGUUAUCAUUAAUAUGUCCGAUGUGUCUUUAUGUUUGUCCGGCCGUCAAUCUUUCAUAGCUUAGACCCAACCAUUGUUAAACAUGGUAUGUGAGGUGGGGUAGGGGGGGGGGAGCUUUAGGGCAAUUUUAAUCAGGGUGACAAUCAUAAUGGCUUGCAUUUAAAAGGGGGAAGAGCAGUAGGUAUUAACCCAACUUGUAGCGUGAGCUGGGGAAAGAGGAGAGCCCACGAAACUGUCAUUAUCUUACUGAGUUAUGUUUAUUUAUCAAUAUUUUAAAAAUAUAUUUGUAUAACUGUUUGGCCACCUGGAGCUUAGACACCCAAGCUUUUUUUCACUUGAUAAUUAACCACCUUAACGCUAACCUAACUCCCCCAGGUAGCGUUAGGGUGUUUAAUCAGGUGAAAUAAUUUAGGGUGUCUAAUCUUCAGGUGAACCGCACUUUGAAUAACUUGAUACUGCAUUAACGACUAGGGAAUAUAUUUGUGCAUUUAAUAAGACAAUUUUGUUACUUUUCGAUACUUUAAGUUACAAAAUGAGUAUACCGUAUAGACAUGUUAUAGUAUCUGCAUUUGUUAACAAAACCAACCACGAACUAAGUCAAAAGAUAUACUUUGUUUACCACACAUGUCAAUAUUAUUAUUAUCAUUAUUAUUAUUAUUAUCAUUAUAUCAUUGUUAUCAAUAUUGUUACAUGAUACAAAAGUGUAGGUACAGGUUAGUGGGUGAACAUAAUGUGAUAGGCUACUGCAAAGUCCCCCUAUAUACAUGGUGUACUGAGUCAAUAUGUGAUAGACUGUUUAGUCUUUAUGUAAAGCUAGUCUUAACUUUUUUAUAUAUAGUUUUCUGUCGUCUUCUGUUUAUAUUAUAUAAGAUUGGUCUGUGUGUGUGUGUGUGUGUGUGUGUGUUAGGAGAGCGAGGUAAUGUCCAGCUUGGUGCCCGUUACAUGAAUACUUACCCCCCCUAGUUGGAAGAGUUUUCGACUGUGAUAGAUAUAUAAUUUAGUGAAGUAAUUUUAUAACUGUUUGUGACAUAUGGCAUCAACAACCACAUGUUUUAUAUUUGAGUAAUUUUUCGCCUUCCAUUAUACCGUUUUGUUUACCACUGAGAAGUUACCAUAUACUGUAUCAUGAUAUAUAUCCAGAUUACAGACGCAGCUUAAGGAAAGAUUAGUCAGCUUUUCCGACAUGUCAUAUCAUUUCCCAGACAGCUUUUUCAAAAUAAGUUAUUUUACGUGACACGACACAUUUCCUGUCCCGGCCCAGAGAUUCCCCAGUAGUUCCUGUAGCCAACUGUACUUGUUUAACUCUAUCUGGGACCAAACACCUCCUUUACGCAAGGCAGAGAAAAGUACAGAUUCCUUUGAAGGCGUAGAGUUAAACUUAAACAAACCCACGUGUAGCCAUAAUGCGACCUUAUUUAUAUAAUACUCUAAAAUAUAUGUAAUCCUAAUUAAUUAAUACUUCUUGAACGACGAAUAUAUAUAUCACAGACACUUGAUAUCCUUUUUAUGUAACAAAAUUAACACCUAACGAUCUGUUUAUAUUGUUUACUAAGGAGAAAACAGUGUCCAUAUAUUAAUCAUUACAGUCGUUAUGUCUGCUUGAUUACCCCCAAUCAUGUCCAGCGAAUCCAGAAUAUAUAGUGUCGUGGUUAUUUACAUUAUAAAAUCAUGUAACUCCUGAAGCAUAUAGAUGUGAUUUAAUUUCUAUCUGUGUGUGUCUUGUCAGUGCCCUUCUAAUGUUUAAGAAGCUAUAAUAGGAAUAUUCCCUGUUCCCUUUGCCACAAUACUCCUGAACACUGGUACACUAUGGCAGCUGUGUUGAGGGAGACUAAUGUGUACCCUUAGUGAACUUAGAUGUUUUCAGAUGUGCCCUACCAAAACAGACAGACUGAUGCAUUCAAGUAAAAAAAUUGUCAGUGUCAUCUCUCGUGAUAAGUGUUAUUAACCUUACACACACACAGUAGGCCACCUUACAGCGAGAUGCUCCUGUAAAGCAUCGACUGAUUAUUACAUUUCUGGUAAGUGUUUUUAUAUGGCUUGAAUCACUCCAUAAGACGAGCUGUGCCACUGAACAAUAUCAACUGGAUUCUUCCUUGGUGUAUCAUCUCUUAUCAACAACAGUAAUAACACAAAUGUACGCCGCUCGUGUGGACUGCAUUAUUCAGUAAUUUCUUCUGACGUGACACUAAUAUAUAAAAAAACAUAUAAAUUGGAGUCAUGAUGUACCAACAGAGAAUCAGAUAUUGUCUCCGUGGAUCACCUGAAGAUUCGGUCCUCUCCCAGCUUGUUUCACCUGAAGAUUAACUACCCUAGUUGCCUUAAACUAACCUUAUCUCAUUCAAAAUAACCUAACCCAACUGAGCCUAACCUAUCCUAACCAAACUUAACCUGCCCUAUCCUAACUUAACCUAACCCAACUGAACCUUACCCUCCCCCAAGGUUGCAUUAGGAUGCUUAAUCCUCUGAUGAAAUAAACCGUUGGGUGGGAACAAAUCUUAAGCUGACCCACCUUCUGUUAUUAGUAGACUGUAAAUAACUACCAGUCAACGAACCAGUUGUAUUAUCCACUUCGUGUACACUUUAAUAGCCAGUUAACAACCAGUCAAACUCUGCAUCUUGUAAGGCGCUGUACCAAUAAAGUAUAUUUUUGCAA